CAAAAAGGGAGGAGCUGAGUUGGCUGCAUGGUGUCAACGUGGGCGAUAAUGUCUUCAUCUCUUUCCCAUUUAUUCAUUUCGUUCUCCCCUUUGAGGUCCAUUCAGCUGGUCCACUUGAUCAAAAAGAUGCACAGUCCUAAAGGAGUGGUAUUUUAUUCUAGCAGAAAGACGAGAGAGGCCAGCAGCAAUUUGAGAGAAUCAUUAGAAUCAAUAAGGAACGUUGGUAUAAUGGCUCACAUUGAUGCUGGAAAAACCACAACAACAGAAAGAAUUCUGUUUUGUUCCGGAUUCACUAGAUACUUAGGAGAAGUUGAUGAUGGUGAUACAGUUAUGGAUUACAUGAAGCAGGAAAGGGAGAGAGGGAUAACUAUAAACUCAGCUGCCAUCACAUUUGACUGGAAAGGCUACAAAUUGAAUCUUAUCGACACACCUGGUCAUAUUGACUUUACAUUUGAAGUUGAGAGAGUCCUCAGGGUACUAGAUGGUGCAGUUGCACUUCUUGACGGAGCUGCUGGUGUACAAGUACUCCUCAUUAUACAAACCCACCCACCCAGCCGUGAUUAUAAUUAUUUUAUUAAUAAAACUAGGUUCAGACUACUUGUGUGUGGGAGCAGGCUAACAGUUAUGGUAUACCAAGGAUCGCUUUUAUCAAUAAAAUGGACAAGCAGCAUGCAUGUUGCUAUAAAGCAGUUGAAUCAAUGGAGAAUAAGUUUCAUCAGACCCCAAUACUCAUACAAGCAAUAUCCUCUUGGUAAAGGGAAAGAAUUCUCUGGUGUGGUGGAUCUAGUGUCAUUGACCGUGUACAUUUGGGAAGGGAAAUAUGAUGAUAGCAAGACUGUAGCGUUUCCACUAAAGUAUGAAGGGAUUUCAGAACUCUCUCAAUUCCUAGAGGAGAAUAAAGACAUUGCAAUGGACUCAGUAUUGAAUGAAGUGUUCACUGCAAGACAGAAAAUGAUAGAUCAAUUAGCUAUGCAUGAUGACUCAGUACUGGAAGUGGUGAUGACUGAUGGAUACCAACCGUUACUAUUAAAUGAAUCAGCUAUUACUGAUAGUCUAAGAAGAGUCACAUGUGAGGGCAUAGCAGUCCCUGUACUGAUGGGUAGCUCACUGAGGAAUGUUGGGGUCACUUUACUUAUUGAUGCCAUUGCUAAUUACUUACCAUCUCCUUCUGACAGAGUAAUUGAUUUACCUGAUUCUCUCAAGUCUUUUUAUGCAUUUGCAUUUAAAGUGAUUCAUGAUAAAAGUCGUGGGCCACUCGUGUUUUUAAGGAUUUACUCUGGAUCUGUUACACCAAGCACUUUGCUGUACAAUGCCACACAGGAUAAGACUGAGAGAGUGUCUAAGGUUUUACUGGCACUGGCUGAUGAGUAUAAAGAAAUGAAGGUCAUGAGUGAAGGGAACAUUGCAGUCGUUGCUGGAUUGAAACAUACUAUGACUGGAGAUACGUUAGUCUUAUCAAAAGAACUCAAAGAUGACGUGUUGUCGUCAGUCAAUAAGUUGAAAGCUCCAGUAAUACCGCAGCCAAUGUUCUUCUGUACUAUAGAGCCAGACUCAUCCGGACAGCAAGAAGAUCUUGAUCAUGCUCUGUCUUGCAUUACCCGUGAAGACCCAAGUCUCAGGGUAUCUUAUGAUAGUGAAAGCGGACAGACUGUUCUCUCUGGAAUGGGUGAACUUCAUUUGGAGGUGACUCUUGAUCGAAUAAUAAAUGAAUAUAAGAUAUCAGCUAGACUCGGUGAACUACAGAUAGCUUAUAGGGAGUCACCUACUCUCACUGUUAAAGAAUCAGAUCAUGUAAAACGUGUACAUAAAAAUCAGGUCCAAGAAAUAAAUGUUGAACUAACUUUGUCCCCAUCAUCAGUGUCUGGGAGUGAGCCAGUCGUUGAUAUACACACGUCUCCUUUAUCUGAUGAGAUUAGAGGGGCCAUUACAAAUGGAGUGAAGCUGGCCUGUACACAUGGGCCCAUAUUCUCAUACCCAGUGAUACAAGUACAGGUAUCAAUUGAUUCCAUUAGCAUAUCUCCCAAUGCAACUCUACCGGCAAUUUCGAGUGUCAUAAGUCAAUGUGUAUCAAAGGCAAUGAAGGUAGCUGGGAUGCAACUUCUAGAGCCAUUUAUGAAACUAGAGAUAAAAGUCCCUAAUAGUUACCUCUCACCUGUACUGAGUGAAUUAACGGGCCAUCGAAGAGGAAUUGUGUCCGACGUAAGAGAUGAUGAUAAUGAUAGCAAGCAGCUGUCAGUAUCCGUACCACUCUCUUCAUUGAAAGGAUAUUCUACUAAGUUAAGGAGCAUCACCUCAGGGACUGGAUCGUUUGUGUCUCAGUUCUCGCAUUACGAGCCUGUGCCCGAGAGGAUUAGGAAUAAAAUAGGAUCAGAAUCAUUUUAUAAUGAUUUUGAUGCAUAAUAACAUUUUACACCAAACUAAAUAUUAUGUCCUAAAACUGAUUUUAUUUAGUGCUCCAAACUCUGUAUUAAUUCAUUUUCUGUAUGAUCAUAUCAAUUAUCUUUCUAGCCAUUA